GAGCGCGAGAGCAGUGGCAAGUAGCAGAGGCUCUGCGAGACAGCGCCGAAAAGACUAAUGAACCAGCAUGAGGAUCGAGUCUUUUCACUAACAUGGACAAGUACGAAAAGGUGAAGAAAAUAGGGGAAGGGUCAUUUGGAAAGGCAAUUCUUGUCAAAUCCAAAGAGGAUGGACACCAAUAUGUCAUCAAGGAGAUUGGCAUAUCUGGAAUGUCAUGCAAGGAGAGGCAGGAAUCUCGGAAAGAAGUUGCAGUCCUUGCCAACAUGAGUCAUCCCAACAUCGUCCAGUAUAAGGAGUCAUUUGAAGAGGGGGGUUGCCUAUAUAUUGUGAUGGACUACUGUGAGGGUGGUGACCUCUUCAAGAAGAUCAACUCUCAGAAAGGAAUGCUUUUCUCAGAAGAGCAAAUCCUGAAUUGGUUUGUGCAGAUUUGUCUGGCCUUGAAGCACGUCCAUGAUCGCAAAAUCCUUCACCGGGACAUCAAAUCACAGAACAUAUUUUUGACAAAAGAUGGGACUGUGCAGCUUGGAGACUUUGGCAUUGCUCGGGUGCUGAACAGCACAGUGGAGCUGGCGAGAACAUGUAUUGGAACGCCAUAUUACCUAUCUCCUGAGAUCUGUGAAAAUAAACCAUACAAUAACAAAAGUGAUAUUUGGGCCCUAGGGUGUGUCCUUUAUGAAAUGUGCACUCUUAAGCAUGCAUUUGAGGCUGGCAACAUGAAGAAUUUAGUCCUGAAGAUCAUCCGUGGCUCAUACCCUCCUGUGUCCGUCCAUUACUCUCAAGAGCUGCGCUCCCUCUUGGCACAGCUGUUUAAACGCAACCCUCGAGAGAGGCCCUCUGUCAGCAGCAUACUGGACAAACCUUUCCUCUCAUGUCGAAUAGAGAAGUUCCUCACGCCACAGAUCAUUGCUCAGGAAUUCCAUCAUACUUUUCUACACAAGCAGCCUAAAGUGGGUGCAGUGCAGGGGCCACCAGCCAAACGUUCUGCCCCUGGCUUCAUACCGCUCACCCCAGCCAUGAAGAUCACCAAACCAGCAAGCAAAUACGGAGUGCCUUUAACUGUGAAGAAGGUUCCAGAAGCAGCCAAAAAGCAAGCAGAUAGGAAACCAGCUGUGAAGCAUAAAGCGGCCCCUCUCCCAGCAGCCCCCCAGAGAAGAGUGAGUCAAGUGGAGGAGGAGAGGAAAAAACACGAGGAAGGUGUCAGAAAGAAGAGGAUGGAGCUGAUAGAGAAAGAGAGGAAACAGAGAGAGCAGAUGUUCCUGUUGAAAGCAGAGCAAAUGAAGAGAUUUGAAAAGGAGAAGAUCAAUCGUAUAAACCAGGCCAGAGAACAAGGCUGGAAACACGUCCUGAGUUCAAGUGGAGGCAGCAGUCCAGAGAGGAAGUGUUUUGUGGGUAUGGGAAAGAGGCCUGUCCCAAGCUCAGUUCAAACUCCUGCCCUGAGUAAAAGCCCAUAUGAACACUACCAUGCUGCUUUGGAACCGCAGUCUAAACCGCAGUCUAAGGUGGUCAGCAGGGAGGGAUCUUCAGCUGGACCAGGCAGUCCCAGUUGUGUACCACCUGCUGCUGGUCCCGUAGUGUCCAACGGCCCAUCUCGACCUCUAAACCCCGACAUAAUCAAGAGGGAACUACAGAGGCUACAGCAUAUUUCUAAACAAACCCACAUCAGCAGGCAGCGAUUGCAGAUGGCUCCUGAGCGGGCCUAUCAGGUCGAGGAGUUCUUGCAGCGAAAGAGGGAAGCCAUGCUUAACAAAGUUCGUGCUGAAGGACAACUGGGCACUCGGCAAAACCUGGCAGCUAUCUUUGGAAGUCGUGCCAGUUCGGUUCGCAGGAGGCCCAAAGCCAACAAAGAGGAGGAGGAGUACUUGUCGAGGUUAAGGCAGAUCCGUUUGCAGAACUUCAAUGAGCGUCAGCAAAUCAAAGCUCGACUCAGAGGAGAGAAGUACGACAGUGACGGCUCUGACAGCCAGGAGUCGAGCGAGGAGGCAGAGCUCAGGAGGAAGAAGAUAGAGGCUUUGAAAGCCCAAGCAAAUGCCAGAGCUGCUGUGCUGAAAGAACAACUAGAGAAGAAGAGGAGAGAAGCAUAUGAGAGGGAGAAGAGAGCCUGGGAGGACCAUCUUGCAGCUCGGGGGGUGAAGGUUGGCAUGGCAGCAGCAACAGAAACAGGAUCAUCUGCCUCAGAGAGUCCUCUCCUCAAGCUCGGUCCCUCUGAACCAGACACGCCUGCCAGAGCUUCAGCCCUGCUUGAGCCCAAACCCUCCACCCCGGCCAUAUCCAUGACAGCCGCCCUGAAGAAUGUCGGAGCGAUGUCUCCUCUGAAAGAAAACCUACCUGAGCAAGAGCAAGAACCUGCAUCUACCAUUCAGAGCGAGAAAAAGCAGAUCCUGCGCAGACUCAACCAGAACCUGAAAGCCCAGAGUCAAGUGGAUGAGGUAGAUGAGUCGCCUCAACCAACAGCAGAACCGAGUCCUGCUCCCCAACUGAACCAGUCCGACACAGAAGAACGGCCCUCCUCAAACGGAGACCGGAAGAAGUGGGACGCAGCGGAACUGCCCGUUCUUGCUGUGGCUGAACAAACCUUCGAAGAAACGUGUGUCACAAUGAGCACCAUCACAGCAUCUCCUGAUGAAAGACCGUCCUCUGCUGGAGACAGGAAGAAGUGGGAGGCAGGAGUUCCUCUCGUCCUCUCUGUAGCUCGACAAACUCUGGAGGAGACAUGCAUCCCAACCAUCGAGCAAACAGCGGGUGGGGUUAUACAGAUGGAUGUGCUACAAGAAGAAGCUGCUCGGAAGAUGUGGGGAGCGAGUCCAGACUCUCAGGUGCUGCGAGUGCUCCAGGAGGCGGAGCUUCAGCCUCUCACUCAGCAGCUGGAAAGUGCCACCAUCUCUGAGGAAGAGGUCUCCAGCCCUAAUAAGCCUGUCCAGAAAGCAGCAGCUGAUAUUGUAGAGAAGCAUAAAGAACCGUUGCCCUCUGCUACAGUCAGUGGUCUUCAGGCUCCAAAGCAAAGUACCAUCAUCACCCAGAGCUCAAAUCAGGAAAAGUCUGCAGACGGUUCAAUGGAGAGAGUGACACUGCCACCCAACAGUACUGAGCCUCAGGACCCAGCAGACUUGGAGUCUUUAGUUUUGGAAGAAACACCUAAACAGGCCUUACAUUUACCAGCUGGUGUUCAGCAGGCGUGGGAGAAAGAUGUCCAGCAGCCAAUGCCACCAGAGGGCGCCGUAAGACCAGCAGGCACUAAGGAUGUUGACAAGAGUGCUGAGAAACCAACAGACUCUUCCGCUCCUCUCUCAGGCUCAGCUCUGUGUGAGGAGCCCCUGUUUAUGAAGUUGUGUUCCCCGGCCCACCGACGCACUGCUGCCCUUGCAAUGCUCUCAGCUCAGUCCUCCAUGGAUGAAUCAUCCUCCUCUCUGGCCUCUCGCUCGCGCUCAGUGUCACCUCUGCGCUCCAAACACCACGACGCCCUUCUCAUCGGCCUCUCCACGGGCAUGUUCGACGCCAACAACCCCAAGAUGCUGCGCACCUGCUCCCUACCAGACCUCAGCCGUCUCUUCAGUUCUCAGCAGGACUCUGCAGUGGCGAGUGAUGCUAACGUUGCCCCCGAGAGUAACCUGGAGAUCGAGGACCUGGAGGAGGCAGCUAAAGAUGAUGAUCAGUCUGAGACUGAAGAUGCCUAUGAGGAUGAAGACCUAAGGGACAUCCGGGCCUCGAUGGAGAGACUGUUGCAAGAGGAAGGAGACCUGAUGAGUUCUGCAGAGGUCGGUGCUGGAGACUUUAACGGAAACCCUCCAGAGAGUGAAGAGCUGUUCAACAGGAUAGCAGCCGAGAUCAAUCAGGACAACAAUCAGAUGGCUGUGGAAGAUGACGACGACGACGACGACGAUGAUGAUGAUGAUGAUGAUGAUGAUGAUGAAGAAGAAGAAGAAGAAGAAGAGGAAGAUGAGGAGGACGAAGGUGAGGAGGAGGAAGAAGACGAGGAUGAGGAAUGCUCCAAUGGGAGUCCAGGAGAUGAAGAGGCACGUGAUCUGCUUUCCAACGGGAUGGCAGAGGAGAACCAAAGCCAGCACAGUCAGCUCAAUGAGGAGUGGCAUUCAGAUGGCAGUGGAGAGGACCAAGGCAUGGAGGCUGCACAUCAUGACAGCAUCUUCAGCCGUCUGGAAGAGCUUCGCUUCAACCUGGAGCAGCAGAUGGGCUUUGAGAAGUUCAUUGAAGCCUACAAUAAGAUCAAGGCCAUACAUGAAGAUGAAGAUGAGAACAUCGACCUGGGCUCCAGUUUGGUCUUCAGCAUUUUGGGAACCGAGCAUCAGCAUCUUUAUCCCAACAUCCUUCAUCUGGUGAUGGCAGAUGGAGCUUACCAAGAAGAUAAUGAUGAAUAAUGUUUCCUGUGAUGUAUUGUGGCUGCUGGCAGCUUGGACAAUCUGCUGGCUCUCUGAUGUCUUCCCAUGACGCACAUCAUUGGCAGAAGGAUCUAUGCAUGAAGAGUGGCAGUCUCGCAUCUACCAGUGUUUCAGGCACACUUGCAUGAUGAAUAAGUAGUUCACUCAAGGCUGCAUUUCUAACUUUUGACCAUCAUACAUGCCGCUCCUUUUCUCACCAGUGUUCAUUCUGAAGUGCAUUAUCAUACUCGUGUUCUUAUAACCAAAGUUUACUCCAGUCUUCUGUCAAAGUUUGUGUGUAACUGAAUGAAACACGUGUUCAUGUUGAUAGCAUAGAGCUGGUUGUGUAUUAGUUUGUUGCUGGUUAGGUGAAGGUGGACAUUUUAUUUUGGCGGGUAAAGAUCUGGUCCUCUCAGGUGCUCUCUUUCUAAUCAUAACAUACCUGCCCGUAUAGCUUUAAAACCAGGUCACACUCCAAACAAACACACCAUGAUUUAUUCAGAACCAGUUUAACCUCCUUUUCUUACAACUCUUUACACCUAACACAAGGUGGAGUAGAAUAAUUUUACACAUUUCUUACCGUUCCCAGAUUUACAAGAAUCUGUGAGAAAGCACUUUGUUGCCAGGGUACUGUAGCAUGACUGUGAUUAGCAUAAGAGCGAUGAAGAUGUAAGCAAUGACUCAGAUGUUAACAAUGAUUCAUAUUUGAUUGUAAAUUAAAUAUUGUAAAUCUUUAUA